AUGGCGAGGACCAAACAAACCGCCCGAAAAUCAACGGAAGCGGCUCAAGUCAUGACAAAGGUACAACCCAAGAGGAAGGCUGAGUUUGAAAGUGAAGUGAAUCAUUCUAGUAGCACCGGAGUUGGUAGUACUAGCAGCAACAGCAGUUAUAUUGUUCCACCUUAUAAAAGUUUGAAAACCAUUUGUAUUCCAUAUGAAAGAGAAUAUCAAGAUCAGACCACGAACACCUCCUCCGAUUAUCAUCAAUCAUUAUUUGGAUGUUUAUCCGAAUUACCUAAUGAAAUAUUUCAACACAUUUUGACUUUCUUGGUUGGAGAUUUUGAGCUCUACAAAAAAAUUGAUGUCACAAAAAUUGAUCCAAAUGCUGAUAAGGAGCAACGAAAUCGAUACAAAAGAAGUUAUUUAUCGUCAGAUAUUGAGUCAUUCCUCAUUCCGUAUGAAAAUCUUGUUGCUCUUGUGAAAUUAAUGCAGACAAACAAAGAACUGAAUCGAAUGAUCACCUCCAAAAGAGAUGACGAUCACUUGACUGAUUUUGAAUUGUUUUGGUUGAAUGGAUACAACUUUUUCGAAAAGCUGUUUUAUUGGAUUCGAACUAGGACUUUGGAAACAUUAAAAUUGGGCACUGGAGACUUGUCAAGGACAGCUGUUGAGGAAAUGGGAAGAAUUCAGAAUAUUGUGCAGCAUUAUGAGAGAGGAAAGUCAUUAAGUGAUUUGGAUGCUACUAUUGACCAUAAUAAUUGGUUCGAAGACGAAUAUGCUAAUGAUGAAGAGCAAUAUGAUGAAUUUCUUUCUGAUAAUGUUGGAGAUGAUAAAAGUCUAAGAAAAAGUACCGAUAUUUAA